CCGCAGCCGCAUUAGCGUAGUCCUCUAAUAACCCAAGGUAGUCCUCGGACCGUUGUAUGUCUAUAAUAUGGAGACGCCGAGGAUAUUUCCCAUUCCGAGGGGUUUAAACACUGUGCUCGCUCGCUAGACCGGAGCACAGACGGCAAGCUGCUAGCAGGAGGGGUCAGCGACAGCAGCGUCCGUGUCUUGAACCUAUACACGGGGGAAGAGAAGACUUGUUGAGGUUAAAAUUUGACAACUGCCUGAUGAAGAGUUGAGGAAAUUCAAGAAGUUCAUCGAUGCGGGGUGAAAGUUGGUGUUUUGGAGACAAGUAUAUAUAUACAUAGCCCUAGUAUGGUGAAAUAGGUGGUGUACCAAAGGAAGACGUUUUAAUCCCUAAAAUGAAAUCCGGUACUAGUUUCAGAGACAUGAACCCGUGAGUCGGCCAUGAAUUUUCCAUGUGAAAUAUGUCGCUUUGCAUUUUCUGAUGCCGAGAGACAUAAAUUGAUGGAUUGAUGGAUGGAUGCGGGGAAAGCGUCGAUCAUCCCCAUAAAUUGGGUCGAGAACCAUUUCGUUCCUCCCAAUUUUUAGCCACGCUCGAUCGCCCUCCUGAAAAUUCACUUCUACAACUUGCGAGCACAUUGUGACUUCUUCAAUAGAAUCGCCAUGCGCCUCUUCGUAGGCCGCUUCGUUCUUUCUUUUCUCCUCUUCCUCAACAUCGAUUGCGCUUCAGCUGGGAUCAACACCUCAUGCUUGAAAGUCGUCACGGCGCUGGCCGCUCGUCCGGGCGAUCUCUUUGCUAAAUUCCAAGAGCACAUCUGCGACCAAGGUUGUCGACCGACGGUUCCGCAUUGGGACCUCUGGACGAGAAACAACUCGUUCGUCCCCGCCGUGCGCAGCAUCACGAAACGCUUAGAUGCGCCGCGACAUGAAGCGGCGAUGAUUAAGCUGGGAGACGACGCGGCGGACAUUAUCAAGCGUCGUUGUGGUUCGAUGCUGCAUGGCGGCGAUCUUUGUUCGGACUCGGAGACGCUGGCGGGCUUCGGAAAUUGUUUCAAGACGAAUUUCGUCCGGGCGGCGAUAAUCAAUUUGCCGACAUUGUUGCCUAUGAUCAGCGAGGAGGUUUGUCGGGAGCAGUACGAGUAUCUGAAGACCGACACGCUGUGGGAGGAGACUAUCCCCAACAAUAUGAGGGAAUAUGCCAGCGUGUGCCAGACCUUGGGAGAUGGAGUGCCGGAGCUCGACCAGGGAGUAGUACAUGAGGAAUUAUAGUCUACGAAUAAAUGUAUAGAUAAGACGAUGUAUAGAGUGACUACACUACACACAGUAUGUACAUGCUUGAUAUCACGGGAUUAAGGAUCGGAGAUUCCACGGACAUAUAAUCAUCUUUUAGGGUCUGGACUUGUCAGCACCUUUCCC